AGAGGCGUUGAGGGCGCACGUCGUGGUCGGCCGUGCCAUCGCGAUCGGGCAGCCGUUAUGGCGCAAUCGAGAUUCCGAUCGAAGGUCAUGCACAUCAGAGUCCGCCUCAGAGUCAUUCGAGUCAGCCUGAGUACUGUACUUCGAGUCGGAUGUAGCUUCCAGCCCGAAAAAUUGCACUGUGUAGACUGACUGUCCCCGCUGCCUGCUGCCAUGGACCACGCCGACAAGACAGACACCAUCGAGCUUGCGCCCGUCGCUUCCGUCGGCCAAGAGGAGGCACAACGCUCGAGGUCGAGCAGCCGACAGGGCCUCACGCAGAGCAGACUGGACAAUGCAGGAGGAGAGACUGGCCCAGAAAAUGUGCAGGAGCUUGCGCCCAUCGACGGUGGUUGGCCAGCCUGGCGGUUCGUCGCUGCAGGUUUCAUGGUCGAGCUCAUGAUCUGGGGCUUCCAAACCUGCUAUGGUAUUUUCCAAGAGUACUAUACGUCCAACCCGCUUUUCAAGGAUGCAUCUGGUGUCACAAUCGCCGCGGUUGGCACUCUUUCAGUGGCCAUACAAUUUGGAGAGACAGUCUUGCUUUCCUUCUUCUUCGGGCGUUACCCGGACCUCCUCCAACCUAGUCUAUGGGCGGCCCUAGCGCUAUGCGUGUGUUCCCUCUUACUGGCUAGUUUUGCGACCCACAUUUGGCAGCUAAUAAUGCUGCAGGGACUCGCCUUCGGCAUCAGUGGCGGGUUCCUCUAUUAUCCCGUUCUCAUACUGCUACCCCAAUGGUUUGUUCGUCGCCGUGGGCUGGCCACUGGUAUCAUAUUCGCCGGUUCUGGUCUUGGCGGGUUCGUCUUUCCGUUCCUCAUACAAACCCUCCUGGAGCGCUGCGGCUUCCGCUGGACACUCCGGAUAUGGGCGUUGGCCGUCCUUGUCACUGUAGGCAUUGCGAUCCUAGGCAUGAAGCCCCGCUUGCCCGUGCCCAAGUACCAGGGAGGUCAAAGACCCCGUUUCAUACCACCCCAGAUGCACUUCCUGAAAUCGUCCCUUUUCUGGCUCCUGAGCGUUUGCACUGUGAUGCACACCAUGUCCUACUACUCUGUCUCGCUCUACAUCGCGACCUUCGCCAGGGUCAUCUCCUCGCCGUUCUCCGCCUCCAUCGUGCUCGCGCUGUUUAACUCCUCCGGCGUCGUGUUCCAGGUGGUCAUGGGUCACAUGUGCGACCGCUUCCCGUACGCCUGGAUCAUGGUCGCCAGCACGCUCGUCAGCGGGCUCUCGGUGUUCCUCUUGUGGGGCUUCGCGCAUACACUCGGCGUCCUCUUCGCUUUCGCGAUCAUCUACGGCGGGCUCAUGGGUGGCUACCUGGCCAUCGGGCCCACAUCCGUCUGCGACUGCGCGGGCAGAAAGCCCGAGCAGGCGAGCGUCAUCUGGGCGUGCAGCUACGUCCCCCGCGGCAUCGCUGUCGUGAUUGGUCCGCUCAUCUCAGGCAUUCUGUACGACGCUGGCAAGGCGUCACCCGGCCCGGGCACGCAGUACGGGGCGUACGGUUUCAAGACGCUCGAGGUGUUCGCCGGCUCGUGUGCUGUAGCGGCUAGUCUUGUCAGCGUCCUUGUGGCGGUAACAAGGCAUAGGGCGCAGGCUUGAACUUGAAGCCGGGUACACGUCUUUGCAGUGCUCAUCCGUUUGUAGGCAGAGGGCGCAUGCUCUGUUCGACAUCCAUACAACCCUUCUGUCGUUCGAGAAGCAGUGAUGUGCAUCCGCUGCAUCAAAAGACGUAAAAAGCGAGUGGGCCAUUGUCUUCACGCAGUCAUCAUUAUGUAUGCGGCUCGGUCGGAGUAGGCUGCAGCAACGUUUCUUGACACAAUUGUGCAAUGAGCACGCGCUGAGUCUGGGUUUAGUACGGGAGCUUUGUUGGAGCCGGGCCUGGAGCUCGCACCGAUGAUCGAUCGGGA